UGCAGACAUUGGAUCGAGGCUAUAUGCCACUCGGCGUCGUCUGUUAGAAUUGGCGCCAGUAGCUGUGUUAGUAGAUGGAGAUACGUUGGAGGUAGCUCCUCACAUUUUCUCUCCUGUCACUGCAACUUCGACACUUGCAUGGACCUGAUUCUAUACAACAGUUAUAGAUAGCAUUUAAUAUUUUGUGAUUUUGCUGAGAUGGACGUAUUACCUAGUGGAAGCAUAUUUAAAGAACUACAAGUUGUCCAUGAUACUGGCUACUUCUCAGCUCAGCCGUCCUUAGAAGACACAUGGCAGCAGACCAUUUUGGAAAUGGAAAGGUAUCUGAAGGACGAACCAAAGAGUAGAACGAGGAAGCACGUCCCAAACACCUCUACCAGUUCACAGUGGGAUAUAUUGGGCCUACCGAAGAGCCAUGAUUUCUCUGAAGAGAACGAUUAUGUUAAAUCAGAACCGGAAGAUGCUUCAUCGCUAGGUAUGGAGAGCUGCAGCAAUAGUAACACGACAGAUAGUGGAAACAGUAGCGGAGGAGAGGAUCAUCUCAGCGUUUCUGACUUGGAUUUCACGGAGCGCCCAUUAGACUGCAUUACAACAUUAACACACGAUAGGGACCUUGUGGUUAAGACAUCAAAAGUGUCUAACGGUAUAACUGUUAAGGGGAAAAGUUACAUCUCUCCAACCUUCUAUGCAGAUGUUUUGACAGUAACUCUAGCGCCGAGGAAUGGCUCUUUAACACCUCCUUCUUCUCCGGAAGAUGCGGCAAAUCAGAAUAGUGGUGCUACGGUACAAUUAUCUAUUAGUAAAGGUUCAUUACAACGGAAUAAUCAAUUGACAAAUUCUAUGGUUCCAAUGACAUUGGCUACUAAGUCUUUGCCAGCAUUGGUCACUCGGCCUAGGGGACAUUUUGACGCGAAUCCUGAUAGUAAGAGGAGAAUACAUAAGUGCCAAUUUAAUGGAUGUAAAAAAGUUUAUACCAAAUCAUCGCAUCUGAAAGCCCACCAAAGGACGCACACAGGAGAAAAGCCAUAUAAGUGUUCCUGGGAAGGAUGUGAUUGGCGCUUCGCUCGAUCAGAUGAACUUACCAGACAUUAUCGGAAGCACACGGGUUCGAAGCCAUUUAAAUGUAGUCAUUGUGAUCGGUGCUUUUCACGGUCAGAUCAUUUGGCAUUGCACAUGAAGAGACAUCAGUGAGUCAUAUGGAAUCAGUCAUUUCACUCAUAAUUCUGUAGAGAUUGAAUAUUGUAAUUCAUUACAAGUGAAGCUGUCCCAAGAAAAAAAAUUUACAAAAA